UCUCGGGCUGUCCUAGGGGAGGGGGCUCUGGGAGCCACGAGGCCCCUCCCCUGCCUCGCCAUCUCCCGGCAAGCUCAGAGGGGUGGGGAGAGAGAGCCAGAGGAGGAGGAGAACUCGGGCAGCUCUGCAGAGGGGGCCGGGAGCUCCGCUGCUUGGUACCCCCAGCCCCACCGCUGUUGCUGCUGCUGCAGCGGGGACACAGUCUCCGCGGGCCGCCCGGGGAGCGGCAGGAUGGCGGCCGGCGUGGCCACGUGGCUGCCUUUCGCCCGCGCGGCUGCCGUGGGCUGGCUGCCCCUGGCCCAGCAGCCCCUGCCCCCGGCGCCGGGGGUGAAAGCAUCCCGCGGAGACGAGGUUCUGGUGGUGAACGUAAGCGGACGGCGCUUCGAGACGUGGAAGAACACGCUGGACCGCUAUCCGGACACUCUGCUGGGCAGUUCGGAGAAGGAGUUCUUCUACGAUGCCGACUCCGGCGAGUACUUUUUCGAUCGCGACCCAGACAUGUUCCGGCACGUGCUGAACUUCUACCGCACCGGGCGACUGCACUGUCCACGGCAGGAGUGCAUCCAGGCCUUUGACGAAGAGCUGGCCUUCUACGGCCUGGUACCCGAGCUUGUGGGCGACUGCUGCCUGGAAGAGUACCGGGACCGCAAGAAGGAGAAUGCCGAGCGCCUGGCGGAGGACGAGGAAGCCGAGCAGGCUGCAGACGGCCCAGCCCUGCCGGCCGGCAGCUCCCUGCGGCAGCGCCUCUGGCGCGCCUUCGAGAACCCCCACACGAGCACCGCGGCCCUCGUUUUCUACUACGUGACCGGCUUUUUCAUCGCCGUGUCGGUCAUUGCCAACGUGGUCGAGACCAUCCCGUGCCGCGGCCCUGCCCGGCGGCCGCCGAGGGAACAGCCUUGUGGUGACCGCUUCCCGCUGGCCUUUUUCUGCAUGGACACGGCGUGCGUCCUCAUAUUCACCGGGGAAUACCUGCUGCGGCUCUUCGCGGCCCCCAGCCGUUGCCGCUUCCUGCGAAGUGUCAUGAGCCUCAUCGACGUGGUGGCCAUCCUACCGUACUACAUCGGGCUUUUCGUGCCCAAGAACGAGGAUGUCUCCGGUGCCUUUGUCACCCUGCGUGUGUUCCGGGUGUUCCGUAUCUUCAAGUUCUCCCGGCACUCCCAGGGCCUGCGGAUUCUGGGCUACACGCUCAAGAGCUGUGCCUCUGAGUUGGGCUUUCUCCUCUUUUCCCUCACCAUGGCCAUCAUCAUCUUCGCCACUGUCAUGUUCUAUGCGGAGAAGGGCACAAACAAGACUAACUUUACAAGCAUCCCCGCGGCUUUCUGGUAUACCAUUGUCACCAUGACCACGCUUGGCUAUGGAGACAUGGUGCCCAGUACCAUUGCUGGCAAGAUUUUCGGUUCCAUCUGCUCACUCAGUGGUGUCUUGGUCAUUGCCCUGCCCGUGCCAGUCAUCGUGUCCAACUUUAGCCGCAUCUACCACCAGAACCAGCGCGCUGACAAACGCCGAGCACAGCAGAAGGUGCGCUUGGCAAGGAUCCGGUUGGCCAAGAGUGGCACCACCAAUGCCUUCCUGCAGUACAAGCAGAACGGGGGCCUUGAGGACAGUGGGGAGGAACAGGCACUGUAUGUCAGGAACCGUUCUGCUUUUGAGCAGCAACAUCACCACCUGCUGCACUGUCUAGAGAAGACAACGUGCCAUGAGUUCACAGAUGAGGUGACCUUCAGUGAGGCCCUGGGAGCUGUCUCACUGGGGGGCCGCACCAGUCGGAGCACCUCUGUGUCCUCCCAGCCAAUGGGGACCAGCAGUCUGCUGUCCUCUUGCUGCCCCCGCAGGGCCAAGCGCCGUGCCAUCCGUCUGGCCAACUCCACUGCCUCGGUCAGCCGUGGCAGCAUGCAGGAGCUGGACAUGCUGGCCGGGCUGCGGAGGAGCCCUGGUCCUCAGAGCCGCUCAAGCCUCAAUGCCAAGCUCCAUGAAAGUCUUGACCUGAACUGCGACAGCCGGGACUUCGUGGCUGCCAUUAUCAGUAUCCCUACCCCUCCUGCCAACACCCCAGAUGAGAGUCAGCCUUCCUCCCCUGGCGGCGGCGGCAGGGCCAGCAGCACCCUCAGGAACUCCAGCCUGGGUGCCCCUUGCCUCCUCCCUGAGACUGUCAAGAUCUCUUCCCUGUGAGGGGCAGGCCUACCCAGCCAGAGGGCCCUCUCGAUUCUUGGGACCUCCUUUCCAAAGCCAUAUUUUGGGGAGGCAGAGAGGGGCAGGCCUGGGGACCCCUUCUGCCCUCCAAUGAGUACUAUGCAAUGGAGUUUCAUGGAAUGGCUCACCCGGUGGGAAGCAGCCAGGGAAAAGGAAACUUCUUCUACCCCAGACAAUUUUCCUGGUGGGAACUGAAGAGCUGGGCUUCCGCAGACCCCCAGCUUCCUUGCCCCAGCACACUGGGACUGGUCCCUUUCCCCCAGCUGGCCUCCUGCAUGCCCCUCCUCUUGGGCCCUCAGAGGUAGGUAAAGCUCCCAUCUGACAUCUGAGCUCUGGUCCCAGCAGGAGAGCUGAGAUUUUUCUCUUCUCUCUGGCCGGGCUGUGGAGGUUUGGGCAUUCAGAGAAGACAACCCUCACCUCUGAUCUGGUCUCUAGGAGAGGUCCCCACCCUCUACCAGGCCCAACGAUUCCGAGCCUCUGAAGCUUGGAAUGCAACCACAGGCUUCCAUGGGCUCUGGCCUCAGCAGUGACCUGCCACCCCCAGGCCUUGUCUGAGGGGUCAGGCCACCCCUGCCAACACACACAGAUAGCACAAACACCAUGCCCCUCCCCCCUUUCCCUGGCUGCUGGAAAUGGGUCCCCACAACUCCGUCCUCCACUGGGCCUCCAGCAAACUCUAGCAAUAGCAGCUGCUGCCGUGACAUUAUGCAAAGCCUCUGCCCCAGUUUGCUGCAGCAUCUACAUCUUCCCUAAUCAGAGGGGCCACCUCUAACCAUUCCUCCCUUCUCUCUUCUCUGGUUUGCUUCAUUCCUGGGUUGAGCUAGAGGCUGGAAUGGUUGAGAUAAGCACCUGGCAGCCAGCAAGAGCUGGGCUGUGUGUGGAGAUCUUGGGCAGGAGUCCAGAAGUAUCAGGGGGCUGAGGCCUGGGUUGAUCCUGGAACUUCGGGACUAGUAGGAGGCAAGAGGAACUUCUUGAUCUCCUCCUCCUCCUACCCCACAACUCCUUUUCACAUAUUCCUCUCUCUUCUCCCUCUUGGGUCACCUUCUGGAACUCUGUGUCUGCUUUCAGACUGAACUCUGGCAUCAUCUCAGGUUCCCUGUGCCCAGCCCUGUCCCUGUGGAGCUGGUGGCUGACAAAGAUGUAGUUUCAAUAAAAUCUGA